GAGCAGACCAGACCGUCUCGCUUGUAAAGAAACGCGUAUCGGAGUUUGUGAAGAUUUUGUUACUAUUUAAUUCUUACAGUUAUUUACUAAAAAUAAAAAGUAUGUGUUUAAGAAUUUUCAAAGUGUAACACAUUAAGAAAAUUGGCGAAAUUGAGCGAAUGUGUGUAGUGCGCGAGUGCAAGUGUACGCAGAAAAUACAUACAGCAAAUUGAUUGAAGUUUACGGUGCAUCAACGAAUUGUGCUGAAGUGUUGUUUGUGUAGCAGGAAAAAAUUGGUUUCCCAAUCAAAUUAUAAGCAUUCCAAAGUAAUUUUUAUAUAAAAAAUGUUUAUAUUUUGCAUAUUGCUUGCUAUAUGUAUGUAAUUCUCAUCAAUUGGGAGCGGUGCAAGUGAAUAGAGAAAAACAAACAAAAAAAUCCAUGAAAAAAGGGAAGGGUAAUACAAACCAAUCAAGAAGCAGCAUCAGCAUUGUCGAAAAAAGCUAAAGUUGCUAGUUUAUCUGUGAAAUAUCUUGUUGGAGAAAAAUUACUUAUUACAUACUUAUAACAGGUAGGCAGUGGUGUUGUUGGUAAAUCAGUGAAUAAGUUUCUGCAGCACCUGUUAUAAACGACCGACGUGUACGGCAGCUUUAGAAAAGGUUCUUCCUUCAUUCAAUCAAUGAAAUCGUCAUCUGGCAUAACUUUAACUGCUUAAUGUCCCAAAUGGCAUUAUGUCAUGUCAGUGAAUAUAUAAUUCGUCAUUGUUAAGACUUGCAUAAAGGAAAAUUCAGCAAAACGGCGGUGAACGUACAACUACAGCAGCUGCUCACUUGGGUGUACUUGUUGUGGCACAACCUGAGCCCAGCAAGUCGUAUCAAAGGCCUAGAACGGCAACGACAGCUGCAACUCGAUUGUACGAACACCACUUCCAAAGCCACGGCUGCUUUAGCAAAAACUUCGUUAUUGUCAUCAUCAUCAGGAAACAUAACAACAGCGUCUUUAAUCGGUGAAUACGCUAAUCAUCAUUAUAAUCCGGUAAAGGGUAAAGAAGCCAUUAGCCAAACUUAAGUGGUUGUCACGACAAACGCUUACACUUACAUCCCUACAUACACAUUCACUUUCGCCACCCGCGGACGCAGUCGCUGAAACGGGGCAGAAUUUGUGUCAAUAAUAAGCUUCCGCAUAUUUGCCUCUUCACCUUUUCGCUUUUCACCGACAACGCUUUCAAACGGUAAGUGACAGAGUGGCGGCGGCAAUGACCCUAACCACUGCUACACAACCGGAGAGUAGCAAAAAAAUGGAUGCCAAGUGUGCGGCUGAGGAGAAUUUGCCAUCAUCAGAAAUGGAUCUAUUGGCCAAAUUGGAGGCCGCUAACAAGCUCAUUGAGAGCGACGCGAAAAGUUUGAAUUCGUUGCAUUCGACGCAUAGCCGUAAGAAUUCCGACACCAGUCAAAUCAGUUUGAAUUCAAGUAAGUCUGGCAACUCGAAUGCCGAAGAAGACAUUUGGACGCAAUGGGCGACCAUAUUGAGCGAUUGGGAGGGUGCGCUGAAGCGUAAAAAUCCAUGUGUACGCGAUCUGGUGCGUCGCGGCAUACCGCAUCACUUCCGAGCUAUUGUGUGGCAACAACUAUGUGGUGCCUCUGAUACGGACAAAAAACAGUAUGCUGACUACAUUAAGGCUACCUCGGCCUGUGAGAAAGUUAUUCGGCGUGAUAUUGCACGCACUUAUCCAGAGGUCGAUUUUUUCAAAGAGAAGGAUGGUCCUGGUCAAGAGGCGCUCUUCAAUGUGAUUAAAGCAUAUUCGUUGCACGAUCGUGAAGUGGGCUACUGUCAGGGCUCCGGUUUCAUUGUGGGUUUGCUGUUGAUGCAGAUGCCCGAGGAGGAAGCUUUCGCUGUGCUUGUACAAAUCAUGCAACAACACCGCAUGCGCGACAUGUUCAAACCAUCCAUGUCGGAGUUGGGUUUAUGCAUGUAUCAACUUGAGAGUUUGGUGCAAGAGCAGAUACCCGAGAUGCACAUACACUUUCAACAGCAGGGUUUCCAAACAACCAUGUACGCUUCCAGCUGGUUCCUUACACUUUACACCACUACACUCAAUCUAAAUCUAAGUUGCCGCAUAAUGGAUGUAUUCCUUAGCGAAGGCAUGGAGUUUAUAUUCAAAGUGGCGCUAGCGUUACUUCUGCUGGGCAAGGAGACGCUAUUGUGCUUGGACAUGGAGGCGAUGUUGAAGUUCUUCCAAAAGGAGCUGCCCGGUCGCGUCGAAGCCGAUCCUGAAGCAUUUUUCAAUUUAGCUUACUCCAUUAAAAUCAACACGAAACGCAUGAAGAAAAUGGAAAAGGAGUAUCAAGACUUGAAGAAGAAGGAGCAAGAGGAAAUGGUAGAAUUGCGUCGUUUACGGCGUGAGAAUCGUUUGUUGAAACAGCGCAACGAUUUAUUAGAGGCUGAAAGUGCCGAAUUAGCCGAUCGUCUGGUGCGCGGGCAGGUUUCACGCGCCGAAGAGGAGGAAACUAGUUAUGCAAUACAAACAGAACUGAUGCAGCUGCGUCGCUCAUAUCUCGAAGUGUCACAUCAGUUGGAAAAUGCCAACGAGGAAGUGCGUGGCUUAAGUUUACGUUUACAGGAAAAUAAUGUAUCCAUCGAUAGUGUAAGUAAUGCGCAGCCGCCGGUGAAGGAAAUAAAGAACAAUUCACGUCAAUCAUCCAUCGACGAGUUGUGCAUGAAGGAAGAGGCGCUUAAACAACGCGAUGAGAUGGUAUCAUGCCUGCUCGAAGAGUUAGUCAAAGUGCGUCAAAGUUUGGCCGAGAGUGAAGAUCAAAUACGCAAUCUCAAGUCGAAAAUCGAGGAACUCGAAGAGGACAAAAAGACACUACGUGAAACUACGCCCGACAAUUCGGUUGCACAUUUGCAAGACGAACUGAUUGCCAGUAAAUUGCGUGAAGCCGAAGCUAGUCUCUCACUGAAGGAUCUCAAACAACGCGUGCAAGAGCUGAGCACACAGUGGCAACGCCAAUUGCAGGAAAACCGCAACGAUCACAGCCAACAGCCUGUUGAUUCGACACCAAAGAAAUUGCUUACGAAUUUCUUCGAUACUUCCAAAUCGAAUGAGCAUACGCAACGCUUGGAGGAGGAGUUGAUGACAACACGCAUACGUGAAAUGGAAACGCUCACAGAGCUGAAGGAGUUGCGCUUGAAGGUUAUGGAACUCGAAACACAAGUGCAAGUAUCAACAAAUCAACUGCGUCGUCAGGAUGAGGAGAAUAAGAAAUUGCGCGAACAACUUGAACAGGCUGUAAGUCGCGAGAAAGAAAUGGCCAACAAAGCGCGUGAGCAACAACACAGAUAUUCCGAUUUGGAGUCUCGCAUGAAGGAUGAGUUGAUGAAUGUUAAGAUUAAAUUUACUGAACAAAGUCAAACUGUUGCUGAACUGAAGCAAGAAAUAUCGCGGUUGGAAACAAAGAAUUCGGAAAUCUUAGCUGAAGGCGAGCUGCGCUCCAAUUUGGAUGAAUCAGACAAGGUGCGUGAUCUGCAGGAUCGUUUGGCUGAUCUCAAAGCAGAGUUAACCGCCAUUCGAAGUCGUGGCAAAUAUCCAAUUAAUAAACUGCGCAGCUCGUCGAUACAGUCGAUCGAAUCCAACGAGAUCGACUUCAACGAAUUGAAUAUGCGACGUGAGAGCGCCGAAUUGUCAACCACAUAAUACAUAAUGCGGCUGCGGCGAGAGGAGUUAGCACACAAAUUGCGAGACACCAUUGCACGGUUGUCCCGUUGAUAUUCUAAUUUUUCAUGUGGAUAUUAUGUAGACAGUUAUUGCGAGCAUAUUUAUAAGGAAUAAGAAAACAACACACACACAUACUGCUAUUAUAUUACGCAAGUAGAAAAUUCCAAAUUAACUUAAAUUAAAAUAAAUUAUUUUAUUUAAUUGCUUAUUAUGCCUUUAGAUGUAAGUAAGUUUAUGCAUGUGUAUAUUAUGCUCUUGCGGCGAUUAUGUUGAAACCCAUAUUAUUAUUAAUUAAUUAUCAAUUAUUAAUUCUAAAUAAUUUGCAUGCCAACAUUCAUAUAGUCUAGUAUGUAAUAUGUAUUAAUAAUUUAUUAGCAAUUUGUUAUAGCGUCUAUACCAAUUGAUGACUAUUAUAUAAUUAUUAACUAUUAAUAUAUUUAAUUGUUGUAAUUUAAAGAGCAAAAUAUAUAAAUAAGUGUAUUUGUCUGCAAUACGCUAGUGCUGAAGACUAAACGUUUUAACUGCGCGCUUAAAAGUA